AUGGAAGUAACCCUUGAAGAGUUGAAGAAGAAAAUGGCUGAUUUUGCUCAAGAAAGGGACUGGGAUCAGUUUCACAGCCCUAGAAACCUUCUCCUGGCACUGGUUGGAGAAGUGGGAGAAUUAUCUGAGAUUUUCCAGUGGAAAGGAGAGGUGCCAAGAGGGCUUCCAGAUUGGAGAAAUGAAGAGAAACAGCAUUUGGGUGAGGAGCUAUCUGAUGUGUUGCUCUACCUUGUUAGGCUGUCUGACAUUUGUGGGAUUGAUUUGGGCAAAGCUGUGCUCAGAAAACUUGAACUCAAUGCUCAAAAAUACCCAGUCGAUCUCUGUAAAGGUUCUUCCGAAAAGCUUUUGGUUUUUUUCCCUUACGUUGUUUUCCUUAGUUUAAGGCUUUUAGCAAAGAACAUGGUUCUUAAUACUGGUGAUUCUACUUCCCAUAUUUACACUGGGGUUGUAAUUUUAUUUCGCUUUAAUUACCAAUGUCAGCAAAAAGGUUUUAUUGUUAAGGAGUUUCAAGAGGUGCCAAAAGAAUACCAUUACAGAUUAUGUGUUUUAAUUUACUUAGCAGAGAUGGAUGCAAGAGUCAAAUCGAUGAUAAAGCUCACAGAAGAAGAUGCCGAAUCAUUUACUAGGAGGGCAGAGAUGUCUUACAAGAAACAUCGAGAGAUCAUGAAGAUGGUGGAAGAAUUCUAUCGUGCAUACAGUGCACUGGCUGAAAGAUAUGAUUAUGCACCAGGGAGUUUGGAAAAUUUGUCAGCAGUAGAGUCGCAAAUUCCGCGUGUCCAGGAGGAUUCUAAAGGACUUUCUGAACAAGCCAGCCAAGAUGAAGCUGAACGAGAGGGUAACCUUUUGCAGUACUGCCACCGCUUGGAAAAGAUAUCUGGCCUCGAGGAUUCCGUGUCUCAUGCUGAAAAGGAUGCUGAGGAGCUUAACCAAAGAGCUAUUAAAGCUACAACGGAGCUCAAUCAGUUAAAAACGAACUCCCUAAAGUAUCAGCUGAUAAAGAUGCAGCUCUUGAUCACUGAGAAAGCUGAAAAUAAGUUUGAACUGCUGAAGCAAUCCAUUGCCAAAUUGACAGAGGAGAAAGAAGCUGCAGAACUUGAGUAUCACCAGUGCAUGGAAACAAUUUCGAGGCUAGAGGAAUAA